AUGGCGUCGUUAUCGAUCGAUGAUAGGCAGUUUAAAUUCUAUAAAGACUAUGCGAUUCCCCACACAGUGUCUUUGAUCGAGAAGAAGAUCAGACAAAUAUCGUUCAGCAUUCGCUCGAAGGACUCGUGGUAUACCAAAUAUAAAGACCCUGAGAUCUCUGCGAAGUGGAAAGACGAGAUUCGGAGAGAUCUGGCUGCCCAGAACUCCACCAAUAUCGAAGAUAUAAUCAAGUACGUGUUUGACGAACUGGAGUAUUUUCACUCUGUAGAGUCUGCAGUCAAGUUCAGGUACCGUCUCGGAUAUAAUGAUCACGUUGUUACUGGCGACAACGUCAUUUCUGACGAAUUGAAACGGUCGUUUGUGAAAAAUGCCAAGUUUUUAGAAGAUAAUGAAGAGACAGACUAUCACCCUUCGUCCAAUGAACAGGUAAUUGACUUGGUCCACCCGUCGUUGUUUCCAGUGAUUUUUGGAAGAACAGCUACAGAAUCGGCUAUUAUCGAAAAGAAAGAAGUAGAGAAGAAGAAGGAGCAUUCAUGGCGUGAUUACUCAAUUCUCGAUUCUAGUUAUCAAUGGCUGCCAUGCGUAUUCAAGGUGGAUAGCAAAGGAAGUAGUUAUAAGAUUGACUCGUAUAUCAACAGUCUUCAUCCUGUUAAAUACAAUGCAUUGUAUGGAGAUAUUGAGAAUAUCUUCAAUUCUUUGGUUGACGGAUUACAGCUAACAUUGGGUCGGUCUCUUGGCAAAGACGGAGAGAGCGCUAUUAAAAUGCCAUAUGCUGAUCGAGAAGUGGUGUACGAUGAAGUGAUGACAAAAGAUUGGAAAGAUAUGGAUCUUAGAAGUGAUUCAUGGGAAGUUGCUAUGGAUGCAUUUGAGAAGAAAUAUGAAUACGACCAUCAAAAGCGUCUGCGACCACUCGAACCGUUUGAAUAUCCAGGACCCCCAGAAAGAGUAGAGCUGGAUUUGAAAAGCCAGUUCCCAGAACUCAAGGUAAUAGUGAAAAUGGCUAAUAUUGAAUUGACUCCCGAGCGUCCAGAAUACCCAGGAGGCACAUGGCAUGUUGAAGGGUGUGAUGUUGAGAGGAUUAUUGCCAGUGUUAUUUACUAUUAUGAGUCUGAUAAUAUUGGAGAGUCACGACUGAACUUCUCUGCUCCGAUGGUCGAGUUGGAAGCUUAUGGUCAAGAUGAGGAAUGGGCUGUACAUGAUCUAUAUGGAUUGGAACGAGAAGAUUCUUUAAUGACCGACCAGGGAUAUAUUGUGAGCCAACAAGAUAGAGUGGUUAUAUUUCCAAAUUUCCUCCAUCACCAAGUUCAACCAUUUUCACUCAAAGAUGCUAGUAAGCCAGGGUCUAGAAAGAUUCUUUGUUAUUUUAUCUGCGACCCCACAGGCAAGCACGAGCCAAUCUGGUCUUCUAAAGAUGUGCCACCUCAACAGAAGACAUGGUGGGAUGACCAGGAUCUUGUUAGCAAAGAAGUCCGAGAAAAAGUAACUGCUUUAACCAAGGGAGCGAACCAAGAUUUCGAUGUGCCGAUUACUCUCGAAGAAGCAAAGACAAUUAGAGAGUCUUUGAUGGCGGAACGGGGAACAAAUAACAAGAAUUACUUGCAAUACAAUUAUACAUUUUCACUGUGUGAACACUAG